CUGGCAACCAGGUGCUAUAUAAUCCACCUUUCCGCGACUGUCAUUUACACACCAAGGAGGCGACGCUGACAGAGAAGGUAAGGUCGAGAGCUGUAAUUUUUAUGCCAUCUUGAACUGCACAUAAAAUGUAUUGCCAAAACAAACGAAAAAAUCAAUAUUAUUUGGUUCAAGUUUAUUGUAAUAGAAGUUAAAUAUUAUAUUUAUGUUUAGUUUUAAAGCCAGGUUGAGAAUAUGCACGUAUAUUAUGUGUGUGAUAAACAUCUCUUUUUUUUUAUUAAAGACUUUUUUGAAAAUAUUUUGUUUUAAUUUUAAUUCUAUUUUCUAAAUAUAUAUAGUUUUUAUCUACAUAAUUUUUUUUCUUUUUUACAGACGGAGAAUGUUAAAUUUAUCUUUAAUAAAUUUGUAUCUAUUUUCUUAUAUUUAAAUUAGUUAUUUUUAAUGUUAACGGUCACGUAACAUUUUCGUGUAGUUUAUGUCAAAAAAAAAAUAAUUGCAAAAAAUUAAACUCGUUUUAUUUUUAUUUAUAACCUUUACAAAAGCAAUAAUGAUUCUUUUUAUAACAUGUUCUGUAUCAAACGUUUAUUAAAGCAAGCGACUCACUCAGUUUAAUAUCAUUAGUACAUAUGUAUAAUUAUGGUAUUUGGCUGCAAAGGAAAGAAAUGUGCAUAAUAUGUUUAGUAACUACAGAUAGUUUGGGCCUAACAAAAGUCAACAAAAUAUUUUCUUAAACUGUCUUAUUAAAUUUUGAAUGGUUAAAAUAUUAACUUGAGUUUCGGCAUUUCGUUGUAGUUGGUUAAACCAAUGUAAGAAAACGUAAACCAUACAGCUUUUAAAAGAACACUUCACUAUCCAGUGCACAAUUACACACGGUUUAUGUCCAUUCAGAGACUUAUGAAACAUGCUUCUCUGUACAUUUCCGGGACAAAAAUAUAUUUUCGAAAUUUUAGCCUUAAUUCCAUGGUUUGUGAAAAUUGAUAUAUUAAAAUACGAUGGUGUUAUUUCAAUAUCGGGUAUUAAUGGUUCUGUUUAUUGCUCUUUAGUUCUUAAAACUGAAGACGCUAUUGUCGAGGAGAUCAAAAGUAAUUCAAGAUGGCCAAAGUUUAUCUCAUCGUUCUGGCAGUUUGCGUGAUCGCAGGUCUGUUAUCGGGUUUAAAUGAUGUUAAAAAAAUGUGUUGUCCAAUAAUUGUGUUGUUUUUCUUGUACCUAACUUUGCAAUCGGAAUAGGACAUCAGACACUCAGUUAACUAAUCUUUGAUAUACUCUACUUUCUCAAGAAUCCAGCGGUUCUAAGCUGUUUGCGUUGAAUGGCCACUCGAAAAAUAUGAGCUUUGAUUGCUUUGUCGUCACUAGAAAUUUUUGAAUGCCCUAAAUUAAAGAUGCAAAACAGUAUAAAUUUAUGUCAAGGAAUAAUAAAAUAAUGUUUCACUGAGACAAUUGUCUCGGCUGUCACCUUAAUAUAUUUUAGCACGUGUUAAAAUACAUGUUUUUAACCAUUUCAUUUUAAAUCUUAUUCUGUCUGUUCAGCAACCAUUGACGUGGCCUUGGGUGCCUGUACCUGCACCGCACCUACUGCAAGUUGCGAGUGAGUCAUAUCAUUUUGUUUCUACAUAUUCUAUACCUCGUACAAUUUCAGCGCGUGUAAUUUUGUAUAAAACAUAAUUAUGAAAAAAAUGUGUCUUGUAAAACAAAUCUGAUGAUUUUAUUUUAAUUUCUCUGGUUUUAAUUCGAUAACUUGAAUGGUUAGUUGAGUUAGACUUACCGCGGUGACAUGGAUUUAAGUAACACAAUUCAUUCUUGUGUAAAGGAAAAAUGAAUGAAAGUACAACAGUAUAUAAUGAAAGGCUUCAAAUGAAACCCCUCAAAAGAUACAUUCAAAAAUUCCCCAAUUCCAGUUGUUUACAAUUAAAUUGAAAGCAUUGAAGUAAAAGAGUACAAAAAAUGAAAGGGACAAAAAUUACAUUUAGAUACUUUUCAAAACCAAAUUAAAUAUAUAUUUUUUUUUAAAUUGAACUUUGGAGAGCUGAACAGACGGCCAGUUGUUAUGAAUAUAAACAGACAACACCCGACAAAGCUAGACAAUGGAAUGUAUCGAAAUGAAAUGUAGCCAGCGUAGCAAAAAUCGGUGAUUAUUUUUUUCUCAAAGUUAAAAUUGGGAAAAUGUACGUGCACAGACACAUGCUGUCAAACAGCUUAACAGAGCUUUAAAAAAAAUAGUAUUUUAAAAUUAUCUUGAUCACCCCUUGAUCAAGGUGAACAAACACAGCCGGCUUAGGGUGUUGGGUAUAACUUUUUUUUUUAACUUCAGAUGACACUGUUUUUUUUUUAAAAAUGAAUUUGUCAUCAGUUACCGUUUAACGUUUCUUUUUUUCCCCAGGAGUUACAACACUUACAUAACAUGCCUGGGUGCAAUCGACUCCUCGUGCAGCGAUGCUGAGAAAACUGCCGCAUCGGCAGCUAUCACAGCAACGAAGACGCUGAAGGCUGCCCUGGGCUGCUCAGGUGAUUUGCUCAACUUUAUUUAUUAGUUUACUGAAUAGAGGGCACCGUAAAGUUUGCAGGAAUAUUAAUGGGUCCCUUUAUUACAAAAACGUUAACAAUGGGUGACAACUAAAUUUGGCUUAGGCUUAACUGCUAAUCUGAAGAUGGUUUCUUUAGAGCUUCUAAACUUGUACGUAUGGUGAAAUUUUACCUCGAAGGCGUAAAUAAUGUUAAGCGGAACCAGAAAUAAAUAGCGACUGGAAGAAUUACAGAGUUCGUGCGUAAAAAGUUGUGAUUAAAUGUCAAAGCGAGAGAGACAGAGAUAGAGAGAGAGAGAGAGAGAGAGAGAAAGAGAGAGAGAGAGAGAGAGAGAGAGAGAGUGAGUGAGUGAGUGAGUGAGAAACAGACAGAAAGAGAGAGUGAGAGAGAUAUGAAUCGUCGCUUCAGACACGUUGAUAUUUCAGAUUGUGACUAUGUCACGUGACCAGCUGCACCUGCAUCGGUGAUGCGCUAUUUGGCCUCACGUGUCUGACACUUUGUCAACAAGCCAAUCAUUUUUUUUUCUUUGGUUUAAAAAACAACAACAGCAUUUUCCCUUCCCUAGUCUUUCCCUCUAAUUUUGCCGCGGCACACCUAGCUUCGUCUCGCAGCACAUCAGUUUGCAGCAGCUCACUUGUUAUGGAGUUCUGUAUUAGAGGAAUGUCUGCGUUCAACUUUUUCUUUUAUGAUAUACACCAACAUUUUUUUUACGAUUAUUGAUAAGCAAUGGAUAGUACCAUAUUCUCUAAAUUGAUGAAAUGGUUGUGUGAAUUUCGAUCAGAAUACGUACUACGUUCAGGUCGUGAGAAGAAGGGUUGCAAAUGUGUGAAGUUCGUUUUCCUUUUUGUAAAGUUCAUGUUGCUUAUUGAAUAUACGCUUCAUAUGAACACACACACACACAAGGCAUACGUUUCGGUUUAAGUUUUAUUGCCGGCAUCGGGUAAAAUGACACUUAUUGUCGGCAUCGGGUAAAAUGACACUUAUUGCCGGCAUCGGGUAAAAUGAUACUUAUUGCCGGCAUCGGGUAAAAUGACACUUAUUGCCGGCAUCGGGUAAAAUGACACUUAUUGCCGGCAUCGGGUAAAAUGACACUUAUUGCCGGCAUCGGGUAAAUGACACUUAUUGCCGGCAUCGGGUAAAAUGACACUUAUUGCCGGCAUCGGGUAAAAUGACACUUAUUGCAGGCUUCGGGUAAAUGACACUUAUUGCCGGCAUCGGGUAAAAUGACACUUAUUGCCGGCAUCGGGUAAAAUGACACUUAUUGCCGGCAUCGGGUAAAAUGACACUUAUUGUCGGCAUCGGGUAAAAUGACACUUAUUGCCGGCAUCGGGUAAAAUGACACUUAUUGCCGGCAUCAGGUAAAAUGACACUUAUUGCCGGCAUCGGGUAAAAUGACACUUAUUGCCGGCAUCGGGUAAAAUGACACUGUAGUGUUUCAAAGAUAGUGUCUGCAAGACACGGGAUAAAGAAAACUCAAACAGCGUCAUAAUCACCCGUCCGUAUUUAAAUGCUAAUGUUUUUUCUUUUGAAAGUCUUUAAUUGAGAGAAAAUCUUUCUGAUUUCUCAGUAAGAUAUCAAAUGUUAUCCAAAUAUCUUUCUUGUAUAAUAUUUAUUAACUAUACAUAGAUGGAAACCUGAGUAUGCCAAUGUAUAGCUAAACAUAUUUAUUAAUCUUCGUUAAAAUCCUUUCAGUAAUUACCGCAGUUAAAAUUGGGAAAUAAAUUUUAAAAUAUUUAUAUACUAGGACUUAGACAGAUGCAUUUAUUUCUAGGGCUUAGACAGAUGCAUUUGUUUCUAGGGCUUAAACAGGUGCAUUUGUUUCUAGGGCUUAAACAGGUGCAUUUGUUUCUAGGGCUUUGACUGGUGCAUUUGUUUCUAGGGCUUAGGCAGGUGCAUUUGUUUCUAGGGCUUAGACAGGUGCAUUUGUUUCUAGGGCUUAGACAGGUGCAUUUGUUUCUAGGGCUUAGACAGGUGCAUUUGUUUCUAGGGCUUAGACAGGUGCAUUUGUUUUGUUUUUUUUGCACCGGGUCCGAGUUUAUAGAGAUAACUUUUAAUUUUUUUUAAAAAUAUUAGAACUGCAGAUAGUGCUACACUCUACCGCUCAGUAGUUAAACAAUAGGUCUUCAGAUAGUCCUACACUCUACAAGCAAGUAUUUAAACAAUAGGUCUACAUAUAGUCCUACACUCUACAAUCAAUUAUUUAAACAAUAGGUCUACAGAUAGUCCUACACUCUACAAGCAAGUAUUUAAACAAUUGGUCUACAGAUAGCCCUACACUCUACAAGCAAGUAUUUAAACAAUUGGUAUACAGAUAGUCCUACACUCUACAAGCAAGUAUUUAAACAAUAGUCCCGAGACAGUCCAACGGACUGUCCUACACCAUACGCGUGGCUCUUUAUGAUUGAUAUAAUAAUCGCCACCCGCAAAAAAUUCCCCCUGUUUACCUGAGGUCAACAUCCAUUCAUGACGCUCGUUUCUUGACAGCCCCCCACCCCCUUUUUAAUACUAUUAAUAAUAGAACAUAUUGAGUGAAUGGAGCACCGGUUGUGAAAAGCAAGCAGCCACAUCAGAGGCAACAAAAUUAUAAGAGAUUCUUAACGAUUUCUUAUUUACGAGAUAGCUUUGGUUAUUACUAGACAUAACCUAAGAAGACGUUAUUUCCACUGUCAAUGAACUGUCUAUUUCAGGUGUGUCCGGUCUGAUGUCCUCGCUGGCCCUUGUCCUCACAUUCAGUGGGCUCGCCUACCUGUUGAACAGCAAAAAAUAGGAGACGGACAAGCUUUCUUAAAAGUCUGUAAAAGUUUAAAGCUAUAAUUUAUGACCUAUGUAGCUUAUCUACUGAGUGCUCUAUACAAGUGUGAAAGUCAGCCACCUUUAUUUAAGAAUGUCAUGCAAUGAAAUUUUUCUUGUUGAUGUUUUGAUUCCAUGUCAAAAUCACAUCUGCUCGAAAUUAAUGGACGCGAAAUUAUUAAGUUGACAUUUUUUUCAAGAAAAUAUUGGCAGAAAUGUUUAUUUUAAAUCUAUAGGUAAUUAGGUAAAAAAAGUGUCUCGAAAUUUGUUUUACCUAAACUAAAAACUAAGCUGGCAAUAAUUAUUGUUUAAGCUAUUCAAUUUCUUUUUUAAAAAAUUGCACAUUUACUUAUAUUUGUAUCCUUAUGGUUUUUCAAUAAUAAAUUUGACUAAGUGCUGCCGGAAUCUGAGAUGCAAAAAUUGAACCAAAUUUUAUUUUAUUUACAUGUUAAACAAACAGACCGUCCGUUUUGAUAAAUGUUUACAUGAUUAUAUUAUUUUUCAUAUCAAACUUUUUUAUAUUUCAAAUUUCUAAUUUAAAAAAAAAUAUUUUUUUUUUACAUAAAAUAAUAAAAUUCGUAAAGAAAAGUU